AUGGAACCUCUAAUGCUGACAAACUGGUCAAUAUUUUUAGAGGAAACUGUGGAAGAUGUAGAGAUAGGAUUACUGAUGUGUUUUCUCUGUGCGUAUUCGAAAAAAGAAGCGCGCGCCUGUCCAUCACUAAACCGCGCGAGGCUGCAGGCCACGGCCCGGCGCGAGGCUGCUCCACAACGCCACGCAGGCGAGGACGGCGCGUGUUACCUGUUGCCGGGUGGCGCCGCGAGCCGCUACGCUGCGCUGCCGUCGCCUGGCGCGGGGCCCGUGCUGCUGGUGCGGGUGCCGCCUGUGCAAUUUUCUGUUGUUUCAGAGCACAAUGUAGACACUCUACAGUCACCAUACUCAGCAACGCGUUUACUCAUGGAGUCGCUGGUGAUAACUAAUGCCUUCUACAAUUCUAUUGGAAGUCUUUCCAAGAAGUGUGCAGCCAGUGCUGAUGUCCCAGAACAGAAGGCGAGGUUUCCGUCGGGAGCCAGCCGUUUCCCGGAAGAAGCCAACGCAGCUGCUUCAGGGAGAACCGUGGCCUCGUGACAACGGAAACGAUGACGGUGAACGCGGCGAGGACUAAAAUCAAUGCAGAGAUAAAACGUUUGACAGAAAACAUUUGAUAUUAAGAAAAAUACUGUGUCUGUGUAUUAAACAACUUGUAAAACUUGUGACAAAAUACACAUUGGUCAGACUAAAAGAAAAUUAGAAACUAUAAUCAGAGAACAUGGAAGGAACAUUAGGUAGUCACUUUAUAGGCAGAUAACGAAUGUAGAAUACAAACGGGUCAUAAAUUGGAUUUUGCUAUAUGUCAAAAUUCUGGAUAAUGAAACCAAGAGAUUCGCCAGAACAAUUCAUGAAACAUUACAUAUUAAAUUAAACAAAUCCAUGAAUUCGCUGAUAGAUUGUAACAACUUCACCAAUACAAAAGAUAAUAGAUUACGCAGAAUUAAAUCAUAUUUUAAAUGUAUCGAUUUCUGUCUUUGAUCUUCAACCAAACCGUCUCUUCUAUUUUUGACUCCAUUCCUCCCUCCCUGUGCUUACCUGACCCCCUACAUGUCCAAUUCAUUGUUUUGUGUUUCAUACUUUCAAUGAAAUAACUGAACUUGGCAUUAAUAUCCAUAUUUGCAUAAAUAUGUAGUAUAUCUAUGAAAGGUUAGCUUUCACUAAUAUUGUUUUGUUUUACACUGACUUUUUCGUUAACACUGAUUGAAUUCAUUUUUAAUAUUUAUUAAUUUUAAUUUUAGCCAAAGUAAUGUACCUGAAAAUCGUGGUAAACCAAUUUCCUUCAUUUUAUUUACUGAAUUCUAAUCUUUGACCUGAUUGUCUAUAAUAAAUGGAACUGUUUGGGUCAAUAUAAAUAUUACAAUCAAUAGAAACUUAAUAGGAGAUAAUUUGAGUUUUAGAGAAAAUUCAUCUACAAAAUAAACUGAAACAAGUGUAGUUGUAUAGUUAAAUCAUUUUCCCUUCGUUGUAAUCAUCUAAUGCAUAGGUAUUGUAGAGUACGACAUGCAUAAUUAUUUAUUGAGGAGUUACUCUUGUAUAUUAAUUUGCUUUUGUUUGUAUUUUACAUUGUGAGUCGUGUUUUAAGUUUUUGUCUUUUUCUUUUUGAUUGUAGUGUUUGUUCGAUUGAUUAAUAAAGUAACUAUUACUUAAGAGAUUUCCGGUUUUCAAACAGGUGUUAACCUCUGCGACGUAGUAUCUCUUAAAUUCAACACAUUGUAACUAAUAUUGUGCAAUUUAUCAUUGUAUACGUGACAUAAUACAAUAAAAAUAUUAUUAUUA